AUGGACGCGGAGCAGUACGGCUGCACGGCCGGUAAUGCAGGCGGACUCGCGAGACAUGAACUACAACUUAUUGUGCAUCAAGAAGGAGAGCUGCCCCCCCAGGAGUCAAGUGGAGUAGCAGGCAAGGCGGUGGUGGUGUCUAUAUCGGUGGCGGGCGCCUACAUGGUGCUGGUGCUGGCGCUGAUGGUCUACUGCAGGAGGCGCAGGCUCCGGAGGCGGCAGAGAGGUGAAAAAAUGGAGUUAGAGAUGACAGAAGGACGAGAGAAGUUGGUAGAAGAUGGUGAAGAAGAGAAGCAGAAGGUCAACGGAGCCGCCUUGCAGAACGGCAGACUGUUAGCGCAUGAUAAGGAUAGCGGUGCAGAUAACUCAGAAGUAUCUGGCGUAUCUCGCGCGUCUAAGAAGUCUGGUCAGUUCGAGCAUCUGUCUGUACCACGGAGUCUACUCACUGAACAGAUCACACUGGGUCGUGGAGAAUUCGGCGAGGUGAUGCUGGCAAAGAUAGACAUGUGCCAGGUGAACAAGUUGCGUAACAAGGAGAGCCUGGACGCUGAGGGCGAGCCCAAACUACGGCCUGUAUUGGUUAAAGCACUCACAGCUAAAGAUGAGGUCCAGCUGGGCGAGUUCCGCCGCCAGCUGGAGUUGUUCUCCCGCGUGCGGCACGACAACAUGGUGCGCCUGCUGGGGCUCUGCAACCUGGACGCCCCGCACUACAUGCUGCUGGAACAUACCGACUGGGGUGAACUAAAGAAGUUCCUAAUAGCGACUCGGACUCCCGAAGAGAACGCGGAGUACAUAUCCCGCGUGGGCGCGGCGCACGCCCCCCCUCCCCCGUCGCGCGCGGCCCCCCCACUGGGCGGCGAGCACCGCGCGCUGCUGGGCGGACAGCUCGCCGCCGCGCUCGCCAAGUGCGCCGCGCACAGGUUCACGCACCGCGACAUAGCGGCUAGGAACUGCGUGAUAACGUCCAAACUGCAGCUGAAGCUGUCGUACCCGGCCCUCACCCGGGGACCAGACUCGCACGAGUACUACAAGCUGCAUGAACAGGUGAUCCCGCUCCGUUGGUUGCCCCCCGAGGCGGUGCUAGAGAGCGACUACUCCACCAAGUCCGACGUCUACAUGUUCGCAGCCACCGUCUGGGAGAUCUACACCAAAGGAGAGUUGCCAUUCGCAAAAUUGAACGACAACUCUGUGUUGGAGCGAGUGAAAGCAGGCACUCUCGAAUGGACGAUCCCGGAUUCGAUGCCGGAGCCAUUAGCAGUACUACUUAAACGUUGUUGGAGCAAGUCGCCAUCCGACCGACCUCAGUUCACAGAGAUAUAUGACCAGAUCACCGACAUAUUGAAAGACAUCACCUCGGAAAACACGUCGCAGAAGUCACAGGACAAGGCUGAAGAAUAG